UGAGAUUUGAUCAGGACAAGUGAGGCACACCUGCUCUGAUCAGCCUCACUGUCACUGCAGCUCACUGAGCAGCCGGACAGCAACACCGAGCCUCUUCUCCUUCUACACUGGGGUCUGUAGAAACAGACUAUAACACUUGAUCUUCAGCAACUCUUUUUUCAGCAAUGCGUCUCUACCAGAGCACUCAGGCAUCACAAAAAACAAUCCUUCGAAACAAAAGCGACAGACAUCAGUGCUGGAUGCUGCCACCGCACCAGGUGAUUGAAAAUCAAGAACAGGAGGAUGAUGACCUCAUCAAACCUAGAAAGCUUCCAAAUCCCAUCCUGGCUUCUCACCAACACAGAGCUCUUCAUCAAGAGCUGUUAUUCUGCCACAGACGAGGUGUACUGCCUAGAAGAAAGCCAGAGCUGCAGUGUGUGCUGGAACACAAACAGAGAGAACAACGCAAACAAAGGGAGGUGGCUAUCCACCCUCCCUCCGACUUGGAGGUGAAGCUACGUACGAGGCUGCAGAGGCUACAAGUGUAUGAGCUGGAGGAACAGAAGAGGAGCGAAAGUCUGAAGAAUGUGCCAGAGUUUGUUUUUGUGAGACAAACCUUGAAGCACAACCCAAACUCUUCCUAAUGACGACCACAGCAACGGGACAAAUAAAAAAUGUCAUUUUAAA